AUGGUGCAACAUCCCGACCCAAAGUACAUGCGCCGCGCCAUCGAGUUGAGCGCCAAAGCGGGCAUCGAAGAGCGUACAGGAGGAGUUUUUGGAGCAGUCCUCGUGCGCAAGGAGACGGGAGAAAUCGUGGGCGAGGGCUACAACCGCGUCCUGGCCGACCAUGAUCCCACUGCGCACGGCGAGGUGCUGGCCAUCCGCAACGCCUGUCGUAACCUGGGGACCCACGUGCUGGAAGGCUGUGUGCUGUACACCUCGGCAGAGCCCUGCCCCAUGUGCUAUGCCAGCAGUCUGUGGGCCCAUGUCGAAGCCAUCUACUACGGCGCCACCUACGACGACGUGAAGAAGUACGGCCAGUUCGAGGAUGCCGACUUCCUGGCCGAGAUCAACGCGUCCGACGAGGACAAGAACGUAAAGAUCAAGCAGUACCUGAGGGAGGAGGCGGUGGUGCCCUGGAAGACCUACUCCGAGUUGACCGACCGCAUCCACUACUGA